UGUUCUUCACAUUCAUUGGUCUACUGUAUAUUCUUGGAGUAGCAAGAUAUAUCACUGAUUUUGAAGAAAAUACAUGUGAAAUGACAUAUAUGUUCGAAUACCCACAAUAUGUUAGGAUAUCCUUAAAAAAUGAUAUAGAAGAAAAAUAUCCACGAUUUGGUCUGUAUGCCUAUGGCGAAGGUUUUGUUACAGAAAAACUGAGGAGAAUGCAUUUUUCUGGAAUUCCAGUCCUUUUUAUACCGGGCAAUGCAGGAUCUCAUCAACAAGUACGAUCUAUUGCUUCAGUAAGCUUAAGGAAAAGCUUGAAAAACAGGUUACCAUUUCACUUUGACUUUUUUACCGUUUCAUUUAGUAAGGAUUAUUCUGCAUUAUAUGGAGGCGUGCUUAUGGAGCAUACCAUUUAUGUGUCGCAUUGCAUAAAGGCGAUAUUAGCCUUAUACAAAGGCAAAAUGGACAGUGUUGUACUAAUAGGACAUUCCAUGGGUGGUGUUGUAGCAAAGGGAGCCCUUUUAUUAGCGCCGAAUAUGAACGCUUCCUUUGCGAGCAUUAUAAUAAAUUUGGCUACUCCUCAUACUCCUGUCUUGGCUCUUGACAAUGCAUUUGCCAAUUAUUAUUUUGAAUUGGAAAACCGUCUGGACAUGAUUAAAAAUGCUGGAACGAAGGUGGUGUCCAUUGGAGGCGGACCGCGCGAUAUACUCGUGACCGCCGCUCAAACUUUCGAUCCUACAGCAGAUAUCAAUGUUCUUUCGACUAGCGUGCCCGCCGUCUGGAAAUCCACGGAUCAUUUGAGUAUCUUGUGGUGCAAACAGUUGGUAUUCGCAAUCGUGCGUUCUCUGUUCGACUCUGUGAACACGGAGAAGCCGCCUAGAAUCACAUCAGAUCCCGACUUGAAAAUGCAAGCUUUGUCCUAUCACUUUUUACAACAUAGUUCGGGUAAAAAACUGUAUCAUUAUAAAGAGAAGAUCCAGUUUGAGACCGACAGUGAGUGGAUUAACAUUGUAUCUCCACGGUAUGUCUGGACCAAUAAAAAUAUAUCUAAAGGAUCAUCUGCCAUAUAUCUCAUGAUAGAACUAUCUCGCGAAUUUGACUUUUUAACAAUUGAUGCGACAAACUUGGAAAAUAAGGAUUGGUUGUUUGCAUGCACAGCAUCCAAAAGGCAACAGCAAAGGAACGUUUGUGAAUGGGCUUGGAACUUGACGAACAGAACGAGAAUUUUGCCGGAUCCGCAACAUCGAACAAGAAGAACCGUCGAUUUAGACCUGAAACAAAUAAAUUACCCGAAUAUCACGCAUGUUGUUGUGAGAGUAACUUCAGACGAUUUAAAAAAACAUUUUACAGUCAGCUUUGACUCGUAUUUUUAUGAGAGUCGAGUUGCAUCUACGAACAAUAAGUUUAUGCAUCUCAAGCAUUUCUUUGGUUUCCGUGAACCUGAUUUCAUUAAAACAGCCAAAGGCAGUGUAAGAUAUUACGUGCCGCUUCUCAACAUCAUGGACGCGGUCAUGAUCGAAGUGAAAUCGUUGAAUUGUAUCAACACCAAGCAGCAUGUUGUCGCCGAGCUGAUAGAACCGUGGAACGUGGGAGCCACUCAAUUAAGAUUUUUCACAAAUACGGAUGACGGUCCGAAAACAAUAAAGAUUCAAACUCUAUAUGGGCGUACCAAUGAAACGGCGAGCCUGAGACUGACAUUGGAUCCGGAGUGUCUUUACGCAAUUAACGUUCAACCAGGUGGAAUUAUCGACAAGAUCUCUUGUAGAGUACGGGACCGUUGGCCGUUGCUUUACAUAGCGAUUGUCAGUUUGCUCCUACUUUUCUUAUCUGCAAGAAUACAUCGAGAGUCGGAUACUCUGCCGGCGAUAAUCGUGACUGUUGUAUUAUCCUUCGUAUUUAACGUUACUUACGAAACUUGCAUUGCUUUGUGCAUCAUUGGUAUAUCCGCCAUCGGAGUGUGCUUCUCUGUCAUAUUUCUUGGUUCCGUCAUAGAACAUGGAAUAGUCGCCAGAUUCUUAGCACGCGCAAUAGCUUUCUCGACCACAUGGUCGGACUGGUUACUGCACGGUUUAAAUGAGAUGCCGUUCCUUACGACUAUCCUAGUAUUGUCCUUAAUUCCGACAACGUGUGGGGCUUUAGCCAUGAUCGUCGCAGUGUUGCUCUUCUUUGUGAAGUUGACGAGGAUGUACGAGGAUUAUUUGGAGGAAUUGUUAAUGUCUUCGCUCCAGUAUUUCAGUUGGCUCAAACGUUUCAAGCGUACAAAAAGCGGAGAAGGAAACGACAGGAGCGCUAGUCAAGAGAUAUAUAAUCAUCUCGUUCUGUUUUUACUAUGGAGUUUCGCUGCGGUACCGGCAAUUCCAUCCGUUUUGAUAUGGGCGAAAAACUUCAGCUAUGACAUGAGACUCACCACGGAGGAUCCUGUACUUUUCACGAGUUGGAUGACAUUAGCUACAUACAGUACGUUAGGUAUUGCGAAAUUCAUUCCUAAUCGUAAGGGAAGUCGUUCAUUUAUAUUGAGUAAUAUAAUACGUUUAGCGAGUUGGGUGAUUCUUUCAAUGACUGCGGCUCCGCGACCAUUCUUUUAUUAUUGGUGCAUGCCACCUGUCGUAGCCAUGGUAGCGACACUCAUUGUAUUAAAUUCAUUAAUUCCUUAAAGUCUGAUUAAGAUAAAUAUCGGCAAAUAAUCGCGAAAUUUGUAUCAAUAGUGAUAUAGUGUUUAAAAUAAUAUUGUACAUCACAUCGUUUAUAUAUCGUCUCGUUAAAAAACUCAUUAAUUUAUCAUCGAUCGAGAGAUCUAUGUUGUUCUACAGACACGUUGGCCAAUUAGAUUAAAUGAUAUGACAAAUAGUUACGCUGUAAUAUGCAAAAAUUAAUUCAUACGGAAAUAGUCG